UAGUCGGAUAAGAGCAACAGACUAUCUAACUCACAGUAUCAGAUGGUUUGCUUUUCCAGCGUUGUUUCGAACGCGUUCGUGGAAGAGAAGGUGGAGAGAAACUCCUCCAAAGCUACUGAUCUGUCUGGGUGUGUGUCCCGGGGGUUCCUGACCGGCGACGUGCCUUCGCGAUGCCGGCUCGCUCUUUGCUGAGGGCGGCUGGAAGCUGCACGGCGCCGGGGCCAUCCAGACUGCUCCAGAGUCGCGCUUUUUGUCCCGAUCCGGUCACAAGAAAAAUGACAUCUAGACGAAAAACGGACCAUCUAGAGAGAACAGCCGCCAACUUCAGACAAAUGGCCGCCUUCCCUGCGACCGUGUGCGGGAUCAUGAAUGAGUCGGAGCAGGUGAGGCGUCUCCGCCUGGCGGUCACGCAUCCAGACUUCAGCUUCAAAGCAGGACAGUGGGUGGAUUUCUUCAUCCCCGGUAUGGAGAAGGUGGGGGGGUUUUCCAUCUGCUCCACCCCCACCCUCCUGAGGAGGGAGGGUGUGAUCGAGCUGGCCGUCAAGUACAGCCAGCACCCGCCCGCCCACUGGGUGCACCGGCAGUGUACGCUGGAUUCUCAGGUAGCUGUCAGGGUGGGCGGGGAUUUCUUUUUUGACCCCGCCCCGCUGAGCCGCCCUGUGGACUUGCUGCUGGUGGCGGGCGGGGUUGGCAUUAACCCCUUGUACUCCAUCCUGAUGCAUGCGGUCGACCUGCAGCGGGAACGACUGGCCCAGGGGUGCGGCUAUGAACCCGGCGCCGUCCGGCUCUGCUACAGCGCUAAGAGCGCCCAGGACCUGCUGUUCAAGAAAUCCAUCAUCCAGGCGUGCCAGGACUUUCCAGGAAAGUUCUUCUGUGAUUUCCAUGUCACCCGGCAGAGUCAUGACGUCGACCCGGAGAUCAGACCCUUCAUCAAUGGGGGCAGGAUAUCGGAGCAGGUUCUGAAGGAGCACCUCCAGCACACCGCAGAAGACCGUGACACACUGUGCUACCUGUGUGGGCCGCCACCCAUGAUCGAGAGCGUGUCAGAGCAGCUGCAGCGGCUGGGCGUGGCCCGCGACAGGAUCCUGUUCGAGAAGUGGUGGUAGCCCCGCCUCCCACGGGCCCCGCCCCGAGACGCUGCUCUCUCCCCUCCCUCAGUGACCUCUCUGUUUUAUUUAAAGGCCAGUCGUCUUGCAAUGCACAAAAUACCAUGUACGGGCGGAGCCCGGUCCGACCGCAGCCCGGAGCCCGGUCCGCCCGCAGUCCCGCAGCCCGGAGCCCGGACCUCGGUCCGUCUGCAGUCCCGCAGUCCAGGCUGGUACCGGCAGGCAGAGCUGUGCUGGUGGAGCGUUUGGCGCUCAGCGGUACAGACUGAACCGUUCGGUUCCUGCAGAGUCACUGUGUCAUUUCCUGUGUGAGGAAGUGCGUUCCUUAGAGGAAGCCAUCCAUUCACAGGGUGUUUUUACUGUUCUGAAGGCAGUUUUCAGUAAGGAAUAUCGGACAGUAAUGUCUGGAGAGCAGCGCCUGUUCUGCUCACUGGACAUCCUGCUCUUUCACAGAGGGCAUGGUUUGUGUUGUGGGUGUGUGUUACCUUGGAAACGACCUUCUAGAUGACCUCUCACCUCUUGCCCUCUCAUGGACUGAAAGGAAAGCAGAAUGGUUUCAGCAAACGUCAUUUCACAUGGUCAAUUGAUUUUGAAUAUGUGCCAUUAAUGUAUGAUAUUCAUCAUGGACUCUUUCUGUCAUAUAGGAGUUUACGGACCACAGGUCUGGGACUUGACAUUAGAUACAUAAAACAACUUCCUCUAAUGGAGUUGAACACAACUACAGAUCCCAGAUCAGUCUGACUGCACUAAGGUGUUUUUUUUAAGAAACUAAGAUUUUUAAGUUGUUUUUGAACAUUUGGCAACCUUGUAAAAUCCGUAAAGUCUUGCGUUUGAAAAGCAGAAAGAGCGUUUUGUGUGCAUGUGUGAGAGUAUGAUACAGGAGAGAAGACAGCGCUCCCCCGUAUUGCCAGGGCGGUGUUUUUGUGGGCGGCUCGUGUCUCAGUCGAGACGUUUCCCUCGUUUGGCAUUACUCUGUGCCGGUGCAGCUCAGGACAGAGAACAUGACAUGUAAAACGUGACGUGAAACGGCUCCUGGCUUUGGGACACUGUGACGUUCUCGAGGAUUACUGAGUUUACAUAUUGUUGCCAUUGCUUGGCAGCCCUGGGCCGACAGUUGAACGUUUCUGGGCUGCUUGUUGUGUUGCAGUGGUGCAGAGGUUCAGUGCCUUGCUGUGUUACAGGAACGCCUCGCCUCAGAGUCAACCCUGCAGACUCUGGCCCGACCUGUAAGCCGCACGCUGCCAGAGAGUGUAAGUUACUCAGGCUAACGAUGUUCGCAUUGGCUCCUGAAAACUGUCCGCUGGUUCAUAUCCAGAGAGAAAAAUGAGUCUCUUCCAGAAACACCUUCCAACGGGCACUUUUCAUACCAUUUUCCUGUCGUGCUGCUGUUUGAUUUGAUUGACAACCUAUUGUUCACACGGUUACCUUUGCUUUGUAUUUCUGUGACUAGAGUAGAUCAGUUUCUGAAGGAGAUGUGAAAUGAGGUCAUUUAAAACUGAUAAAUAUAAAACAGAUAUCCAGUAUCAUGUUUUUACUCGUGUUCCUCAGGUGUUACAAUUAAAUUCUGUUAU